UGACUCCUCCCGAUCUCUCCUCCUCCGGCGGCGGCGGCUCGUCCUUGCCGUGCACGCAGCUCCUCCCUCUCCCCACUCCAACAGCGGCGGCGCCAGCGAGGAAGAUGGCCGACGGCGAGGAGCACCAGAAUAAGCGCCUGCUGACGGCGAGCGGCGUGGGCAGCAUCAACAAGAAGGCCAAGGCGCUCUCCAGCGUCACACUGAAGGAGGAAUCGGAGGGAGUGGUUGCCCAAGGCGGAAGAGCGUCACACCGCGCAAGAGGUGUGGUCGCGGUCGCGGAGCAGGCCAAUCCACCCAUGGAGCUGCCGCGGAUCAUCAACAUCGGCUUGCAACCGCAGCUCCUUCACUGCGCCGUCACCGAUUGCUCCCGUCCCCUCAAGCCCCCGGUUUUCAAGUGCGCCGCCGGGCACCGCCUCUGCAACAACUGCCGCGGCCAGGGCCGUGCGGGCCACUGCCGCAAGUGCGGCCGCGACACCACCUUCGUGUACUGCGGCCCGGACCUGGACGUCUACAUCGGCGGCGCCAUGGUGCCGUGCCCCUUCGUGGUCUUUGGCUGCGGCAGCUCCGUCGCCUACCACGAGAUGGACGCGCACCGGGACGCGUGCGCGUACGCGCCCUGCCGCUGCCCGCAGUGCCCCUUCAUGGCGUCCCCGGCCGUGCUCCGCGACCACCUCGCCACCCACCACGCCUGGCCCGUGCACGGGGUCCCGUCCUACGGGGCGCACUUCCACGUCGGCGCCGCCGUGUCCGAGCCGCCGCACCGCCUCCUGGUGGUGGAGGGCGACGAGCAGCGCCUCUUCGUGCUGUCCGUGCGCGCGCGGGGGGCGGCGGACAUCUGGGCCGUCUCGCUGGCGUGCGUCAGGGCCAGCGCCAAGGCAGGGCCGCGGUACGUGUACACCAUCUGGGCAUGCCCGCCAACAAGGGAGCGCAGCUGGGUGGGGAUGGAGGCGGACGUGCCGAGCUGCGCCGUGCCCGGGGCCGCCGUGGAUGAAGGGAUGGCGCUGUGCGUCCUGCCGGAGUUGCUGGUCGGGCCGUCCAAGGAGAUUCAUCUUAAAGUCCGCAUGCGCGUGGUCCAGCCAUAGAUCCAGGCAGUGGCCUCCAGCUUCGCGGCGCUGUGCUAAUUAAUCGCAUCAUCAUCAUCUACCAAACUUUUUAUUAGCUUUGAUCGUUCUUGCAACUUGCGGAAUUUCAGGCGUUGGUACAUGUAAUUUGAUUGUUUCUUCUGGAUUAGACAGUGGCUGCAAAUGUAGCAGCUCA